GGUUCUUGAUUUCAUUUCCCAACUCAUGUGCAUGGAUUAAUUGUACUCAUUUGUUUAUUGUUUACAACCUUUAUGGAUUUGUUCAGCACAUGUGCCAUUGAAAGAGCAGAGCAUCACCCUCGCACUGAGACUUUUACAUACUUCAUUAAGAACGUACAUGGGAGAAAGAUUAAGGUUGCUAUUGUUACACAGACAAGCACGGGUGAGGACAGUUGUGAGUCAAGUGACGAUUGGAAGUAGUUCUUGCAAGCUUCGGGCUGCUACAGGCUACUGCCAAAUAACUUCACGAACGAAGCAGCACUUGAGCACAAACUUGGCCAUUUGUUUGCCCCCCACCCACCUUAUGCGUACCAUUUCCUCCGUUUUUAAAAACUAGACUUGUUAAGGUGUUUUGAUCAUACUUGCUCUUAUACCUGUUAUUGUUCAAAUACACAGCCUGCCUGAAAACUGGUACAUUUCAUUUUCCGGACGUGCAACAAUUCACUAUUGUUUGGUUACAACUGAACAUCCCUGAAAAUUCCUCCCUGCAUGCAUAUGCAUCUGUUUGAGCAUAUCUGCCCCUAUGCUCGCCUUCUAUAUGGAACCACCUCAUGGAAUGUCAAAGUCGAUGAUUGCUCUUUCUCUGAGGGCUUUGUUGAACUGUUUAUACAAAAUAAUAUUGAAUUCGGCGCAUAUGCUCUCCUCAGGCACGUGGGUAACUUCACUUUUGAAGUGUUGAUGUUUGACAGGCAAGGCUUCUCUCUGAACCUGGCUGGAAAACCCACUGGUGUUUCAAAUACAUUGCAUUCUCCAGAUGACUUCCUUGUGUAUGUGGAGUGUUCUUUCAAAGAUUAUUCAUACAGGAAGUUGUAUUGUUAUCCAUCCUUUCUCUAUGUUCCCAAAGAAACAAGUAAGCAAUGCUGUGAGCCUGUGAAGGUUUCUUGAUGUCAUCAGCGAUAUGAGGAACCGUGUGCGGAUCUUCUAUGGCGAUGAUGAUGGUUACUUUGUGAUUGGGAAACAAUCCAUCCUGCACCAGCUUCAGAUGACUUUCGAGCUGAAGCGGCAUUCCACUCUCUUCUUCCUUAGGCAUGGCAGGGGUGAAGCACUACUACUCGUGAUUUCAUCGUGCGGGGUGGAGAAGCUGCCGAGCAAGCCGCAUGUGUAUGAGAUACGGAGAAGCUGCCGAGCAAGCCACAUGUGUAUGAGAUACGGAGUGCUGCCCGCAGUGAUGUUGUUGGCCCUCCUUGAUUUCAGUCCAAACUGCUGCUAUGUUGUCCCUCUUACUAUGAUGUUUUGCUAAAGCUUUUUGACCUAGAAUUUUAACAACAAUGUUAAACAAACCGCCAUGCCCUCACUGCAUUUGUAUGCUGUUUUGAUUCAUUUGUUUCCCAAACAUUCUAAGUGCAAUGUCAAUUCCCCACAUUGUUGUAAUGGUGACAUUGAACUGCUUUUGACUUACUUGUGGUGUCUUUGUGCACCUUUUUUAUGCAAUGCAGCUUUUUGAUUUUAUUGAGCGUUGGGCACC